GUCCUGCGGGCGCAAGGCUGCCCUUCUGGGUGUUCAGCUAAGGCUGAGGAAGCCAGCCUUCCGGGUGGAAGAUGGCUCAGCAAAGAACUUGGUUCAGUGUGAACCAUGCCUGUCAGAGCUGGGUGACCUACCGAGGCAUCUGGGCACCCGUCUGGGGCAGGAGGCCCUUGGCUUCAACCAGGAUGACUCCUGGUGGUGGGAGAAUGGUUCACUUGGGCCUGGAGCCUGCACCGCCCACAGGGGCUCUGGGUGUGGGCACCUGGCUGCACCAGGCACACAGCCCCCUGUGCACGCUCUCUUCCCAGCUUCUGCAGAGACAGGCUGCCCGACUCCUGGCCCAGACACUCAGCUGGACCUGCUUCCACCAGUGGAGACAGCAGCUGGCGGACAGGAGGCGGGAGCAGCAGGGCACGGCACGGGCCCUGUGGUUCUGGGCCUUCUCACUACAGGCGAAGGUGUGGGCUGCGUGGCUGGGCUUCGUGCUGGAGAUGAGGAGAAAGAAGGCGCGGCAGGAGCAGGCAGUGCAGGCCUACCGCCAGCAGCUCCUCCGGGAGGGCGUCACGCGCCUCCUGUGCUUUGCAGCGGGCAUGAAGGCCUUCCGGCAGCAGCUGCACGCCCGGCAGCAGGUGCAGGCGGCCCACAGUCUCCACCGUGUGGUCCGUCGCUGUGCCAUGCUCUGGAAGCAGAAGGCGCUGGGCCUGGGCAGGGAGCCUCAGCCCCCCACGUCCACUGUGCGCAGCAGGAGAGUGACGUUUGAGGGUCCCCUUCCCAGCCACCUUGCUGCUGGGGCUGGCGAUGCCUCCCGGGAGACCAAGAGGACAACAGCUCCUCGUGGGCUUCGGGGAGCUCUGGACAGCCUGGCGUUGGCUGCUGGGGACACCCAACUCCUGGAGCUCAAUCCUGCCUGCUGGGCAAGAAAGCAACCGCGACGUCCAAGCUUCCUGCUGGAGCCCGUUCAGCGCCAGACGCCCCUGGGGUGUGGCACCCUCGGGGGGCAGGGGCCUGAGGCACUGUGGGAGCAUGGCCUAGGCGAGGUCCAGCCAAUAGGCCUUGCGCUGACAACACCCUUCCUGGCAAAGGCCCAGACAGCACUGGACCCAGGCAGCCCCCUGCCAAGCGCCCCUGGCCUGAAGCCACCACCCAUAGCGAGUACAGGCCUGGAGCUGCUGCCCCCUUCUUCCUUCAUGCUGCGUGGGGCGGAAGCACACACCUGGGUAUCAGCCAGGCCGACGAUACCUGGGCUUUUGUCCCAGGCCCCUUCAUCCCUGGCCAGUGUCCCCAACCCCCGUCUGCUCCUUCCUGGGGACUUCACAGGCACCAGGCCUGGGCCUGGCUCUGACACUGCAGAUGUGUACCUGGGGCCUGUCAGUGCCUCAAGAGCUCAGGUCACUCCCGGCACCUGGAAUCCCUGGGUUCAGCCUGGGCCCAGACGGGAGGAUGGUCAAGAUCAAGCUUAUUCUCCUAUUGCCACUGGCCACAUGGACCUGGAGGCCGAGCUUGAGGGCAUCCAGCAGCAACUGCAGGACUACCAGACCACGAAGCAGAACCUCAGGCGGUGGUCUACCAGGCGAGUGUGACUGACACAGGAUGAUGCAGUGAGCCGCCCUGCUUUGUCUGGGUCCACAGCCCACGUACCCCACGCCCAGGCCUGGGACCCUCAAUGUGAGCAGCAACCUUAAUCAGAGGGAAGCAGGCAGGUCCCACGCGGCCAGCUCUGCGCAGGGAAGAGGACAGAGGGUGUUUCUGCUUGAUGGUGGAACAGGAGCCCUUCUCCCUCCACCCACACCAGAAGUGUGCUGGGCCUCUGCCUGGGGCCAAGCCAGGCAGCAGGUGCGUUACUCCCUCAGGUCCUGCCAACGGCAAGCAAGCAGCCUGCGGCAGUGGCUAGAGUUGAGCCAGGAGGAGCCCAGGCCGGAGGACCAGGAAGCAGAGCGGCAGGU